AGCUAAAUUAAAUUAGUAUUAAAAAAUUCAAAAAAAAAUGUAUCGUUUGAGAACUUUAUUUAACUUUUUACAAAAUGAUGUCCGACGAAAGACAAACAUUGUACAUUUUUCGAAACAAAUCGCUAGCAGUAAAGCGUAUCGUAACUACAGUACAUGUCCUGCCGGCAUGAAGGUAACUAUUUGUGGAGCAGCCGGCAACACGGGUCAGCCGUUAGCGUUGCUAUUGAAACAAAGUCCGUUACUAGAUGAAAUAGCUUUAUACGACAUCAGCCCCACAUGCGGGUAUGGUAUGGAGUUAAGUCAUGUUGACACCAAAUGCAAGAUCUCAUCGUUUUCUGGACGUCAUAUGCUAUGCGAUGCCCUAAAGGACGCCAAAGUAGUAGUAAUUGUAGCUCGUGAUGAAGAAGACAGUUUUGAAAAAAGCGCGCCAAUCAUCACCGAAAUUGCUUUGCAGAUUUGCAACACUUGUCCCGAGACCUUUACCAUAGUCGGUACGGAGCCUGUGGAAAGUAUGGUGCCUUUAAUCAGCGAGAUACAAAGACUACGGAACGUGUAUAACCCUCGCAAAUUGCUGGGCUGUGUUGAGCUCCACUGCGUCCGCGCCAACACCGUGCUGGCGGACUUCCUGCGCGUGCCGCCAGAGAGCGUACGCGUGCCCGUCAUUGGCGGCGCCACUCCCAACACCAUGGUGCCAGUGCUCUCCACCGCAGUACAUCCCGGCACAUUGACGCAAGAACAUGUGGAGUGCGUGACAUCGUGUAUAAUGGGUGGCACUGAGGCGGUGUGUGCCUCAAAGGGCAGCCGGCACGCGACGGCAAGUUUGGCGGGCGCGUUCGCGUUGGCUCGCAACACACUAAACGUCGUGAAAGGCUUGCAGGGUGGUAAGGUGGAGCAAUGCGCGUACGUCGACUGUCUCGGCACUUGCGCACCUAAUUGUCAAUUCUUCGCCAGCGAAGUUGUCCUUGGUUCGACGGGAAUAGAGAAAAACUUGGGAAUUCCAGAGUUGACUAAAUUUGAAAAUUGUCUUCUUUGCAAAUGUCUUCCUUACGUGCAAAAUGAAAUCGCCCGAGCUAUUUGGCUGGUGUACACGAUGUGCCAGCAGUGCACAUGCUACAACUCGCCGUCGCCCAGCGAGUGCUACGUGCCGCCGUGCCUGCCCUGCGCCCCGCCCACCAACUGGACAUGCGAGUGCCCCGACUCCUGUCGCGACGAGUACCUAGCCUCGAUAUGUCGAGAGAUGACGUGUCGUUGCGGCAACACGGAGCUGAGCUGGAAACCGCGCGAGUUCGACUUCUACACGGAUCGCGCGACAAAGGGCCGGCAGAGUAUGAUGGAUCACAGCGCCGCUUGCAACGAUUGCCGAAUGCCGAAGAGCGUGCGCAUCGCACAGGAGAUACGGAACCGAGCCAAGACACCAAGAUGCUUACCCACUUAACUACUUAACUAAGUUAUAUACUAUAAAUUAACGGUUAAAGCAGGGCCUUUUUAAGUUUAACCCAGGGGAAUAGGGCUGGUCCGGCCCUGGGCGGCAUCACGUAUUAGUUAGGGCCCCUCAACCGAUUUCGAUGGCUCUAGGUUAAAUCUACGGAUGUUCAUUAAUGAAGCGGACCACAGCAAAGAAAAAUAUGUUUUCGA